UAUGUGUUGUGUUUAGAAUGUUUUUAUCAAGAGCAAUUUUGGUUUAUUUAUUUUAUCUAUGUAAGGUUUUUUUUUUCGGUUUCAGUGUCCGGGUUAGUCUUUUUCGUGGAGAACUACAUUAACCAGAAUGCUUUGCAAGCAUGGAAUUGCGUUAUUUUGUUGCCUGGCAACGCGUCAACAUACAGGGAGAAGUGCGAGAGCUUAUCUAUAAUUUUUAAACGGCUGACAGAAAAAAACAUAUCGACUAAAUAAAUUAGCUUUUAAUAGAUAUUUUUAGUUUCAUAGGUUAAGAAAUCUUGAAAAUUUGUUAUUUAAAUUUUUUUCUCAUUGGAACGACACCAUGUCGAAUGAAGGCGCAAGUUCAGUUAGUGAAGAAGGUGAACAGGCUGAAAACACAUCGUCCUCCACACAGCAACACACUGAAGGAGGCGGCGCUGAAGAGCCCAGUGAGAAGCUGAAGAACGGCCUGUCUGAAGACACGUUCUACAACUACGAGGAGCUGCACUCCAGAGCCACCAUCACCCCCGACUCAGAGAUCCCAGAGAACCUGCUGCUCUUCUCCCACUCGUUCGGCUACGACAGCGGUCGCAGGUCCAACCUGAGGCUGCUGGACGAGACGACGCUGCUGUUCAUCGCAGGAAACCUGCUGGUGGUGCUGGACAUCCCCACCAGGCAGCAGACGUACCUGCGCUCCUGCAGCGGCGGAGGAAUCGGUGGCAUCGCGGUUCAUCCAGCCGGAGGGUCCUUCGCUGUGGCAGAGAAAGGAAAAAAUCCUUUCAUCAUCAUCUAUGAAUAUCCUUCACUCAGGCCGUUUCGCAUCCUCAGAGGCGGAACGGAGCGCAUGUUCAGCUUCGUGGACUUCAACCCGGACGGCACCCUGCUGGCCAGCGUUGGCGGCGCCCCCGACUACAUGCUGACGGUGUGGAACUGGAGGCAGGAGGAGGUGAUGCUGAGCUGCAAGGCCGUCUCCCAGGAGGUGUACCGGGUCAGCUUCUCCCCACACAUCCCGGGUCUGCUCACCUCCUCUGGCUCUGGACACAUCAAGUUUUGGAAAAUGGCGGAAACUUUCACGGGUCUCAAACUGCAAGGAAUCAUGGGACAUUUUGGGAAAACCGCAUCGACUGACAUUGAGGGCUACGUGGAACUUCCUGAUGGGAAGGUGAUGUCAGGCACAGACUGGGGCAACCUGUUGCUGUGGGAGGGCAACACCAUCCGGGUGGAGAUCACGCGUAUGGAGGGGCGGAGCUGCCACGUCGGGGUGGUCCAGCCCUUCACCCUGGAGGACGGGCAGCUGAUGACGAUCGGUGCGGACGGAGCCGUGCGGAGCUGGGACUUUGAGAAGAUCAACAUGGCCACCAUGAGCGACAGCAGCAGCCACUGGUUCGAGUUGGAGCCCAUCAACGAGCUGCUGGUCGGCUACAACGUCUGCCUGACCUCCGUGGUCCGGACCUACGUGCCCGACUCCUUCAUGUGGUUCGCUCAGGAUUCAAACGGAAGCAUCUGGAAACUGGACCUGUCCUUCACCAACACCGCUGCUGAUCCAGAGUGUCUGUUCUCCUUCCAUGCCGGAGCGAUCCAGGGCAUGGACGUGUCCACAAAGUCCCACCUGAUGGCCACCACCACUCUGGACCGUUCAGUCAGAGUGUUUGACUUCGUGGCUAAUAAAGAAGUUGGAAUGAGCCACUUCAAUCAGGGGGGAACCAUGGUCUGCUGGGCUCCUCUGCUGGUCAACCAGAGCGGUGGGUUGCUGGUGGCGGGUUUCGAGGACGGAGUGGUGCGUCUGCUGGAGCUGUUCAACCCUCAGGAGCUGCAGGACGUGACGAAGAGCUGGGGCCCCAUGAUGGACGUCGAGCUGCGCCUCAACCAGGCCUUCAAGCCCCACAACGCCCCCGUCACCGCCGUGGCGUACGACCGGAACGGAGAGAUCCUGGCCACAGGGAGUUUAGACUGCACCGUUUUCUUCUUCACGGUCGGUGAGAAGUACAGCCCCAUCGGCUUCAUCCCGGUGCCCGGUCCAGUCAAAUCCCUGGAGUGGUCUCCUGACUUCCACAGCGAGAACCGGCUGCUCAUCCUGUGCCAGACCGGCCACGCCGUGGAGGUUCCCUGCCCCGAGAUGGAGGACCACGAGUUGACCAAAACCUUCCAGCUCCAGAACGUGUCCAGGAGAACCUUCAGGUUCAAGAGCAUCAAGUCCAAAAUCAAGAGAGACGAGGAGAUAAGAAGACGGCAGGCGGUGAAGGACAAGAAGAGGAAAGAGCGAGAAGAGAAGAUUAAAGAGCUGAAGAAGGCGGGUCUGAUGGUUCCUGAUGAAGAGGAGGAGGAGGAAGAGGAGGAAGAGCUGCCUCCCAUCAUCAUCCCAAGCCCUCCCAGUCCCCUCUGCUGCGGCUUCUACUCCCAGCCGGGACAGUUCUGGCUCUCAAUGGGAGGCUUCGACGCUGGUUUCCUGUACCACUGCAAACUGUCAGCGGAUCAGGAAGAGGAUGAUGACGCCGCGCAGCGACAGGACGAACCCUUCGCCUUCCUUCAAGUCAACGACGCCGACGACGACCCGAUCUGCUCCAUGACCUUCAGCUCUGACAGGAAGCUGCUGCUCUGCGGCAUGCAGUCCGGCGCCAUCAGGGUCUACUUUCUGCAGCCUGAAGACUACAACCUCACCUCUAUGAAGGCUUACUGGGCUCUGAGCGUCCAUGACAACCACUUCGGACAGCUGCGACACCUGCGCUGCAGCUUCGACGACCUGUUUGUGCUGACGGCCGGAGACGACGGAAACAUCUUCUCCUUCCGCCUGCUUCCACCCGAAGAGCUGCAGAAAACCCUGGACAAAGUGGCCAGGAUUCCUUCACCUCGGGCGGGUUUGGAAACCGAGCCGUUUGCUCUGGACAUCGAAGACCCAGGAGCUUACAGCAUCGAGACGGCCAAGCAGAAGACGGAGAAAGACAACCUACGCCGGGAGGCCGAGCAGAAGGAAGCAGAGAUGCUGAAAGAGCUGCUGGAGCUUCAGAAGAGAUUCAAACAGGUCCAGAGCGACAACGAAAGUCUGAUCGAGCACGUCCAGCUGAAGCCACAGGAACUGGUGGUGGACCAGCUGUUCUACGAAGAAGCAGAGAAGCAGAAAGCGCUGAGGAUGAUGGAGGUCCGGAAGCAGAUGGCCUGGGAGCAGGAGCACAGCACCAUCGCACUGAAGAAGCUGAAGGAUUGGUCUGACAGCUCCAUUCAGGUCGACCUCAUCACUGUCUCAGCGAUACGCAGCAACCACAGAGUCUCCAAGUACCCUCUCUCAGCGUUCCCAAAGCCUUUAACUCCAGACGAACCUCAGGUGGACCGCAGGGUCAGCGUAGCCGUAGAAGGCAUGACGGACCGGAGGAGGCUCAGAUCGGAGCCGUCCAGAGACGUCCGUCCAGCAGAGGAGAAGCCGAUACCGCGGCCCUCCACGACCGUCAAAGCCAAGGUCAAACUGGGAGACCGGGAGGAGGAGAAGCUCCGGAAGGCUGCAGAGAGAGCAGGGGAAGCUCGAGCCAAAAUACAAAGGAGGAAGGAGCAGUGGGCCCUGAUUUACGCUGACAAGCCGGAGGAGAACUACAUGGACCCAGUGCAGGUUCAGGCCAUUCAGGAGGAGAAAGACGACAUCAGGGACUUCAUCAGGGGGAAGCAGCUGAGGGUGAACGCCGAGCAGAAGAAGAAAGAGCUGGUGGCUCUGAACGAAAACAUCUAUGAGACGCAGAAUGAGAGGAACGAGCAGAUCGUGUCGGUGCGAGACAUCAAGGUCCAGCUGGUGUCGUGGAUGGACGCUCAGGUCCGGCGGCUCCACCACGUCCAUCCUGCUCUGCCUGCCGACCUGCGCAAGCCGUCUCCCCCCCCCACCUCCAUGCUGCCCGAAGAAAUGCCGGAGAAGAAGCUGCAGGUCUGCCAGGCCACGCUGCAGCGAUACCGCACCCUGAGGCAGGAAAGAAUGAAGGCCUUACAUCUGGAGGAGGACGACGACUCUGUGGGUUUACUGGAGCAGCUGGAGAAAGACAUGAAGCUGGAGGAGGAGAAAGAAAGGGAGAAGGAAGAGCAGGAGUGCUACCUGGCUCCAGCAGAGGUCUCUGAUGACGAGGAUGAGGAGAGUCAGCGGAAGGAGGAGAUCCGGCUGCUGCAUGAGCAGGACUGUCUGCUCCACCAGAUGGAGAGCUCAGUCUGCCAGUUCGACAAGAAGCUGCUGCAGCUGCACUUCAACAAGCAGCAGCUGGACAGCCAGCUGAAGCUGGCCGACCUGCGGCUGCUGACGCUGGUGCAGGAGAUGCUGCUGCUCAAGCAGUUCGACAAGAGGGAGGGCGUUCUGCAGGACAAGCUGGACGGCUUCAUGCUGGAGGAGAUGAACAUGAUGUUGAAGCUGGACGAAUACAGCGACGCUCUGGAGAUGAAGAGGGAAAACAUCGCCAGGCUGCAGGAGAGGGAGAAGGCGCUGGCCGCCACCUUCAAGGCGUCGCUCGGGGAGAACAACCUGUUCCAGGACUUCCUCACCAAAGUCUUCAAGAAGAAGGUGAAGCGGGUGAAGAAGAAGGAGACGACCGGAGAGGAAGGACAAGAGAAAGACAGCGACGAGAGCUCCGAGUCUGAGAGCGAGUCUGACGAAGACUACAGCAGCGAGUCUGAGGAGGAAGGACCUCCUUUCGACGACACCGUUUGUCCCCCCGGCUGCGACCAGGAGCUGUUUGAAAGCACGCUGGAGCUGCGGGAGCAUCGGCUGGAUGUGGAGGAUCUGCUGACGGAGGAGAAGAGGGUCAUCGAGUCUCUGAGGAAGGAGAACGACCUGGUCACCAAGAAGACCAAAGUGGUGAAGAACAGCCGGAAGGCGCUGGAGGACGACAUGGAGCUCAUCAACAAGGAGAAGCAGAUGAAAAUGAACGAACUGGACGUGGUGGUUCCUCUCCGGCUGCAUCAGAUAGCGUAUCUCGUCAACGACUCGAUGCCCUCUGACCUGAGCGAGGCGCUGAUGCUGUACCGCACCGAGCUGCACAAGCUGCAGCAGCGCUUCCACCAGCUGGAGGCGGAGAAGGUGGAGCAGAGGAACCUGCACCGUGUGGCUCGCCAGCAGAGGAACAAGCUGAUCAAUGAGGACAGGGACAAGAACGCCAAGAUCCAAGAGCUGGAGAGGGAUUUCAACCAGCUGCAGAUGACCAAGUUCGGCCGGCUGGUGGAUCUGGAGGCUCUGCAGAUGAUGACGGGCAGCAGGAAGCUGGAGGAGCUGAAGCAGGAGAAGCUGCACAUAGAAUCAGUUCAAGCCAAGGAGGUGAAAGAAUGGGAGGCCAAGAUGGAGGAGAGGCUGGAGGCUUUGACGGCAGAGAUGAAGAACAACAACGAGAGUCUCUUCAAUAUGACGAGUCUGUGGGAGCAGAAGAAAGGGCUGGAGCCCAAACUCAACGCCAGGCAGAAGAAAAUAGGCAGACAGCAGUUCCAGGACCACCGGAGACGGAUGGACCAGGACGCCAUCCAGCAGUGCAAGCAGCUGAUAGUGAAGCAGACGCAGCUGGCUGACGCUCUGUGGAGCGACAUCACCCUCCUGUCCACCAGAGGGGGACACGUGUUGCCCUCCAGCUGCCUCCAGCUGCCUCCCACCGCCAUGCUGCCCACGCCCAUCGCUGACCACCAGACAGAAGUAAAAAAAAAUACACCAGCAGAGGGCGCUGCUCUACCGUAAACAGCAAGAUGAAGCUACAGAACAGAACAGCUGGUGCUGUUUUGUUUUCUGUCUCAAUUAGAGGGAUUAUAUAUGGAGGAAGAUUAGGGCCAAUGUUUUAAAAAAUGUAAGAAUUCUGAAUUUAAUCUCAAAAUUCAGACUUUUGAU